CCUAAUGCAGCAUAUGGAUCAUAAUGCUCAUAACAAAUUUGUUUCUUUUGCACAAAAAGUGCUCUCAUGCAUGAAAAUGAGACGGUGUGAAAUCAGAGCCGCAUUAUUAAAGGGAAAUAAUGUAAUAUAUGUUCUUUGUCAAAAUAAUUAUAUGAUGGUAUGUAUGGCGAAUACCCCAGAUCUAGCUGUAGAGCAACUUAGUUACUUUCCUACUUUUCCUUUUUCCGUUCACUUUCCAUUUACCUGUAGCGCAUGAAUCUUAAGAGGACUCAAGAUAAUGAAAGAUUUUUUUAACCUAAAUCUCUGCAUAUUUGUAUGUCCCCGCAUCAAUGAAACGCCCAUUACGUUUUUCGAGAAAUAGGCAAUAGCCUGAAAAAGCCGCCUGUACACUUCAGAUCGAAUCACAGCAACGUGUGUUCUGAUAGAGCUUAACGUAAUCUCAAAACUGCAAAUUUCCUGAAUAUUACUCCCAAGAGGAAACUCUUCGAGUAAAAUACCCACUAUUUAUUUUUACUUUUACAUUAUUUAUUGCCUGUCCUGGAUUACGCAAUUCAGCCUGUUCAGGUGAAUUACUUUACUAGGCAGGCGUUACUUGCACAAGAAAUCGCAAUAUCCAGGCGUAUAACUAAACACCACUGUUAAAUUAUUCACAUUCUGAGACGUGUUGCAGUUUGUUCUCAAGACUACCUGUAGUGAUAUAUCUUGUCUGCCUAGCAGAAAUGGUAAGACUCGCACUAUUUAUCACAUAUCGACCUUACACAAUGGCGUUUCAGUUAACAGUUUUACGAAAUCGUGUGUCAAGCAGUUAAUAGUGAGCUUACGCUUAACGAAACUGCAUUUUUAGCUGAUUUCAAGGGCGGAUACCUCGAAAGCGCCGAUAGCCUUAGAAUUUCUGUCAGGAAAGCAUGCCUUUACUACUGCCCGGCUUGAAUUUUGUUAUAUGGACAUGUGCCCUAAAGCGAAAGAUUAAAAUGGUAUUCAGUGAUAAAUUUUAUAUGCCACCAGGCCAAUAUUAUUUGCCGGCCGAACAACGUUCGCCUCAUCAGGUAAUCCACCUGAACAGGCCGAAUUGCGUGCUUUGCUUCGUGCAAUUAAUAAAUGUCAUGACUAAAAAAUAAUGAUACGACAGCAUACCAGAUUCAAGAGCCCAGUUGCAAAGGCACAUUACAACAAUCCAUUCAGAUAAUAAUUUCCAGACUCCUUAUUUAUUCGUAUUACGUAAUGCGUCGAUGAAUAAUAUACCUAUUCGCAACACAACGUUUUCAAGUGUACUGUUCUACCGCUUCAACUCACGAUAUUCAUUAUGACAACAAUAUAAUGUCAUUAUACAAUGCAACUUUAUAACCAUUCGUUUUCCCGUCUCACUUCAUCGGCCACAUGAAGGCAGUUCGACGCACUUCAUAACCUCCGCAAUUACAAAUUUCAACAAAUACAAAUUUGACAUGCCGAAACUGGCUGGACUUUCAUUCCUCCCGCUCAGGAUUCGCACGAAGGCGCUGAUUGUAAUUCAUGCACGGUCAAUACAUCACCGUCAUAUGCUUGCAAACAAAGAACGCCAGACCAGGAAGCGCCUCCAACUGCAGACAGCGCUGCAGCAGACAACGCAAAACGGCCGCGUCCUUGCAUCACCGCCACCGAGAACGGCGCCUCGCGAGGAUGAAACGCGAGAGGAGGAGGAUGCUGUGACGUCAUGAGGCGUCUCGCCGAAUCGGCGGGCGUACUACUCGCGCCCGAAACGAAAAUUGCCGCCGCUGCCAGUUCCCGGGGAAGAGUUGCAAAACGUAUUCGCGCCGCUUGCGAGCCGCGUGCGCGCGUGGUGUUUCGCCUGGGAUAUCACUGCCAAGGGUUUCGCUGCGCCGAUCCCCAAGGACUGGUGCUGAGAAAUGGUUCGCCUGUGCCGCCGCUUCUUGGUUCCGGCCACGCUCUGGCUGGCGUGCCUGCUGUGCACGCUCCAGAUGCUGGCCGCCCUCGUCGGCCACGCGGAGGAGGCUUCCUUGAAGGGCGAGCCGUCCCAGACGCACCGCAGGCUGCGACCCCGGCACGUGGGGGGCGAGCCCGAGGUGCGCGGCCGCACCUACCAAAGGCACAGGGCCGAACCGCUGGACGCCCGACACCGCGAGCUGCACUCGGAAAGGCUUCGACUCAACAGGCUUGUCCGACCACACCUGGUGGCCCGCAGGCAGAUAUUCAGCGAUACUUCCUCCCAAGGCGGGGCCUCGCACUUCCUGGGUUAUGGAAACGAGGACGCUCAGCUCAACUUUAGCUGCAGCAGCUGCGCUCUUGUCGGUUACUCCGGUCACCUCCUUGGCUCUGGCCUCGGAGACUCGGUCGACGCCUCGGAGUGCGUUAUCCGCCUGGGCCGAUCACCCAGUCGAGGCUACGACCAGGACGUGGGAAGCAGGGCUACAUUCCGCCUGAUGCACGCUGACACACUCCUCGAACUACUGAAGGGACCCCAGCGAGAGAAGCGCCUGUCCAGCGGCCCGCUGACAUCCGAUCAGCUAGUGCUGUUCGGCACGCCAAAGAAGGCCACUCCUGCGUCACUACGAGCACGACUGGAGAGCACCGGUGGACCACGCUUGCUCAGCCUUCGCCGAAGCGCAGAGCAUGCUGCCGCGAGGAGCCUCGCCGAGCACGCACGCACACUAGGGUACCAACUUUCCGGAGCAGAGCCGUCAACCCUGUGGCACGCCAUCAAACUCACAGAGACGAUAGGUUGCCAGUCCUUGAACAUGUUCGGAGUUCCUGAGCCCAAGAUAUGCAAGCGCCAUCGUAACGAGCCUUCGCGUUCCCGCUUCUGGGAGUACGCGUCCUCGCCUCAGUGCGUGGACGGUGUCGACGUGGGCCACAACGACAACCCGCUGAGACCUGAUCCCGGCCAGCUAAGCCUGGUCGACCGUAGGGCGUUGGCUGGAUGGCUGCAGUCCGCGCAAAAGCCUGCCAUCCAAUUCUUCGCGCCCACGUGGAGUCCCUCCCAACCUGCGUCUGUUUCUGCCGCUGCCACAUGACGUAGCCAGAGGAACAUUGCUAAUAUGCACAUAAGUUUAGCGCAUCAGCUGCCGCGAUAGUUCGCAGCAGGACACGUUGUGUUUGCCCAGAGGACGCCAUUGUGCAACUUGUGGUAACCUCGCAGUGCGCGUCGGAUGUGACGCUGUUCGGUGAAAUUAAGAAAGGUUCCGACUAGUGCUGGAGGAAAGAAGGCAGCUUGCACCGCAAGGCCGACACCGUUACGUCUUCGUUUUGUGAGACCGCCAUCCUGUGAUGCCUCAUAAGGAAAAUGCGACGCUUCAUCGCGCUGCAGUGUUCCGGGAAUCAGUCUUGUCGACAAAGAAAGCAUAAACAGGACUCGUGUUACUGAAAGGCAUGUGUACGUGCAACAAUGUAGAUUCGUGGAACGAUAAGCACAAUGCCAAACGUCAACUGCGAAUCCCUACGUACUGGCUGAACUUUGAGUUGUUCAUGUACAGGAGCUUUCGUCAAAGUAAAGGACUUUUUUUUAUUCUUCUGGUUGCGGCAGUGAUGGGCUGAAAUGGGCUGGGCUUACAUGUGUUUCUCCAAUGUGAAAACUUCACUGGGUCAGGUUGUCUGCUUAGAACAGACUUCCAGCCUCACACAAACCUGCCCUGCGAGGACGACUCGCUGUGUACCUGGUUCUGAUCACCUUGUCGAGGACUCAGUGCAGCGAUUGUGGCCGUCAUCAGCUUCGAGCCGCAGCAUGAACGGCCAGGACAUUGUUACAUCGAGCCCUUGUUCUUGGACUAGGUGACAGUGUAAUACACUGGACUAAUUGCUGUCGUCCCCUGUGACCCUGACGAAGACUCAUCAUAUGCAAUAUCUCAUCUGCGCUCGUGUGCACGCCAAGUGUGAAAACUCAAUGAAUGUACAGGCCGCGUUAUUACCGUUGGACGAACCUACGACAGAGUGCUUGAAAAUCAAUUUUUUGCUAUAAAGCUACCCUCGUAAUUGAACCAUAUGCCGUACCAUUUAUCACGAAAUACCAAACUGGGCAUGCUGCAGAGAAUAUGAAAAUGCCUGCCCAAGCUGAUCUACGUUCGGCAACUUUGCUAGUGAAGCAUAGAGGGACUGCACGGAAUACCGCUUAUAUGGUGUUGAUUAUAGCGAAGCACCAUAUUCGUCGGUGAUUUCAACGUCACAUACUGAGAUAGCUUGUGUUUCUGAGCUUGUGGGAUGCGAUGUUUAUUACUGCUAAUGUGAUUAACUAGGAAGAGCUGAGAGUACACAGACACUCAUGCACUUAUGAGAAUGUGUGUUGACUGAGCCAUUGCAUUUAAAUAAUUUCGCGCGUUAUUGUGAUUAACAGCUGCCUUGCUGCAAUCAGUACCUUGGCUAGGCUUACACUGUGUCACUUUACAUUGAAGCAAGUCACGGGGUCCCGAAAACAGCAUUCUAUUUGAAGGUGGUUGAUAUGGUGCCACUUUAGGAAACAUGCGAAACUAUCAAAAUGGAAUACAAUACAUGGUCACUUUGUCGCAAAGACUUCUCUGUUUUGUUUAUUUUGAAGUGUUUAUAAGUACAGGUUGGUGCUUCUAAAGAGGGUCGACUGCUGCUCUGCUAUGACGUAUAGUAAAAAGAAGAGAGUCGCUCUACGAAGAAUAUAACCACAGGAACGUACAAAAGUGACAUUAGCAAUAGUGCAUGCAAUGUAGUCGCAAACGCUUACUUUUUAAGAAAACGAAUCGUAAGAGAAGUUCAGUACAAAUGCUGUGCGUGUGUGUGAGAGAGAGUGAACUUUAAUGAGAACCAGCAGUUUAGUCGGCUGGGCCUAGGCCUCCCACGAUAGGACGUCGAGGUCUUGCCUCUUCGCCGCUUCGUAGGCCUGCUGGGUCGCCCAGAGUUGGUCGUCGAGAUUGGAGCUGCGCAGGGCGGCGUGCCAUCUCAACCAGAGAGCCACGAGGUUAAGGUCUGGGUAUUGAUGUUUGCACUCCCACAGCAUGUGGGGGAGCGUUGCUGAUUGAGUUUUACAGAUGCACGUGUGGUUUGGGUAUAUGUCGGGUAUAUGAUGUGGUAGCGUGUGAGGGAGGAGUAUGUAUUGGUCUGUAACUGGCGAAGGGUGGCUGCCUGUGCUUUGUUUAACUUGCGGUAAGGGGUGGGGAAAGUUCUUCUCUCGAGGUAAAACGACUUCACAAAGUUUUUAUAUCUUGUAAGGCGGACGCGUCCUGCGGAUGCACCUGUACCGUCUCCGGCACGGUUUACUAGUCCUCGUACUACGGAGUGUGUAACCCCGUUGAGGUUGGUGAAGUGCGGGUGGACAUCGCCAGCGUGUGCUGGGAUCCAGACGAGGGUGAUUUGAUUUUCAGACGAAUGCCGGGCUUGUUGUAAGAUACGGAGUGAUUGUUGAGAAAUACGACCCUUGAUGUUGUUGAUUGCUGUGCGAGAAUCGCUCAGUAUGGUGUGGCAGGCAAGAGUGGCCAGGGCGAUGGCCACUUUCUCGGUGGUCUCGGCAUUUUGGGUAACGAUGCUAGCAGCAUGUCGGACCAAACCGCCUGCUGAGGUAACCGCCGCAAAGCGACGUCCAUCUUGGUAUUCAGCUGCAUCGACGAAGGUGACGUCCGCGGUGUUGGCAUAAGCCUUGAUGAGGGAGGUAGCUCGUUUCUUCCUGCGUUCUUUGUUGUGGUCUGGAUGCAUGUUUUUGGGGAAUAGGGUUGGCGUGUAUCGAUUGCUGAAUGUCGCGUGGUAUUGGGUGUUUGUCUCCAUGUUGACGGUGGUAGGUGAUAUCAGGAUUCGUUAGAAUGCUGCGGCCCCUUUCCGUGAGGGUAAGCUGCUCCAGUUGGGAUCGACGUUGCGCUUCGAUUAACUCUUCUAGCGUGUUGUGGAUAUCUAAAUGUAGUAGUAGUUCCGUGCUGGUGUGGUUGGGUAGGCCUGCUUAUAAGCUCAUCUGAUGGAUGAUGUCCGGUUUAGUCUUUUCAGGUUUGUACCAGUUGAGAAAGGGCGCAACGUAAGUAAUGUGACAGAUUAUAUAUAGAGAAAAAAAACAUUUUGUAUAUCGUUACUACGAGCAGAGCAAACAUAGCUUACCCAUAGCUUUACAUGGGUUGAACAUGUGUCCAAAAUGCAAACUAAUAACCAGUACAAUCUACAUUAUUGGCAAAUUUGGAAUAACUUUCCAGAUAUCUAGCUUAAGAAAUUCCCCAGUUCACGCUCUGCCUGCAUUCGCGGUGCUUCUGCUGAGCACACACCCGAGAGCUUAUCAUACCAGCGGCCUUCUAUCAAGAAUCUGCAGCCUUCUUGACAGUGUUUGGUGGUAAAAUCGUUUCUUUUUGUUUUUUAAGAUUACGUCAACUCUGUUCAUAAAUAGAAAUUCGAAACGCCCUACUGCCUAAAUGGCUGUAACCAGAACUAUGUUGAGGCAGCAUUAUCGUGUUUUCACGGAAAUGGUUCCUCGAUAUGCUGACAAUGGUUGACUCACAUAAUGUAAAUCCACCUAAAAAACAAAAUUUUCCCCAGUACCCGGUGUUAGGCUGCGAAUAAAACAAAUAUUCUAUAUGCAAAGCUUCAGCCUCUCGGAAUGUGUAGCAUUCGGGAACUCGUACAGGAUGAUUCAAACACAUGUUCAAUUUAGACCAAAGGCAAAUAAGAACAAUGAACAGGGUGUCUACCAAUCGAUAAAACCGGCAAAACCGGGAAUUCUCAGGGAUUUUCAAUAUUCUGGAAAAACUAAGAAAAAACUGAGGGAGUUUGUGCUUCUGUCAGGGAAAAUUAGCUGUAAUUUUAUUGAAGGCGAACGAAAGUAGCGGUAUACUGGCUUGAGUAACAGACAGGAAUCUUAACGAAUUGUCUUUGACACACUGUCGUCGGCUGGAGGAGUUGCCAGUGUACAGUGAACGACCGACUUUCCGGAUGCCCGAUAAUUCGGAAGGCUUCGCGGCACCAUCACGUACACUAUAAAGUGAAUGUAGCAGAGCGUCUGAAAUUUCGGAUGCACGAACCCAUUGCCGUCCGAUUUUCUGGACUUUUUGCCGUGACUACAUGUCCGAAACGGCAUUAAAGCCACUACCGCUAUCGUUUUGAUUGCCUUACCGCCUCGAACCUGCGCUGUCGCACGCAAUCCGCUGGCAGCUGUAGCCACCACUGCUGUAACGCUAGGCCUAGCUUCUUCGACGUUCGCUCUUAAGCUUCUUGCCGUUGGGUGCCAUGUUUUUCAUUGGAAGAAUUCGCCGCUUUCAGCAACGGCACCGAUUCCGCCUUCGAGGUUUUCGCGAUUGGCUUCGAAGCUCGGAAAGCACAAUGCGUUGCAUAAUGCCGGUUCCCGAAAGUAAGCUUCGCCUUUGUACAGAAGUGUUACUUGGUGGAGCAUACGCAACUGUAUUGCGGUGAAGCAUAACAAGCGUGAAAGGGGGCUGUUGCUACAAGACAUAGUAUGGAUUCCUUAAUUACACACGCGUGCACACACUAUCUCCUGUCACAGUACGAACACCUAUAUGCCGAAUACGUGUACUGACGGGCCUUCAGAGGAUUUUCGAAUGUGCCUGUGGCGGUUGAGCCCUUGAGGGUAGUAAAAGACAUGUAUUCAUUUUGUUUCCAAAGUGGCCGAUUUUUCGGCCGUUUUUGCAGCCCCUAGGCAGUUCGAAAUAUCAGACCAGACGUUGACUAUACAACUGACCAAGAAGGUGCUUCAAAUUGUCUGUUGGGCGUACGAGCAGCGGAAGGAGGACGAGAACAGAAAUGACCUACGCAUUGAGGAAUGAACGGGAAAGAAAGCGUGCUGCCGCCGUUUUGAGGGAGCUUCAGCUAAAAAAACAAAGUGUUGGCUGAUGCCGAGGCGCAGCUGUUCCUCAUCCAUAUCAAAAUAAACUUGAAAGCAGUGAAACAUAACAGUGAGGUGCCGUGCGCGGUCUGAGAGUAUGUCAGGACAGCUGAAGUUGACUUACAAGCUGUAAAGAGAGAAUCUCGAUUGUGACAAAGUUCGGGCCUCAUACAACUGACCUUGCUAUCAGUUGACAGAUAUAGCCCAUAUUCGAAAAUAUUUCUCGUGUGUAUGCAUCUUCUUUUUAUUCUUUUACUCGUAUUUGAUAAUGUAUGGCUGAAUUUGCAAUUUUUUUCGGGGACAUUUUAUUUGCGGUGCAUUUUACCAACCCCUCCCUUCUAUUCUCUUUUUGAAUAAAAUAAACACUACUCCUUAGUGUUCAAACUGGA